ACUGCUGCCUCUUUUCUUUUUUCUCCCAUCUACCCCUCCAUCUUGUCUGGUCGUGGAAAAUAUUUCCAGGCACUUACAUCUUCUCUCACCAUAUACCCAACCCACAUCUUCACCAUCUUUCAUCAACACACUCUUCUAUCCAGAGCUUCACUCAUACCCGUCUGGAUACCCUCAUAUCUCGUCACUGUAAUCGUCACUCCAUUGUUGUCACCAACAGAUAAUCAUCACGAACUGGGUUCGUCGGUGGUGUAAUCGGCCUCAGCUGGAUCUGAGGUUUUCAUGAUUCCUUGCUGAAUCGCAAUUCACAGGGUGAGUCCGGUGUUUAUCAUGACUCAGACGAAUAUGCGCCGCGCAAAUCAGCACGCCCGCAUCAAGCGAGAACCCGGUUUCCAGCCGCCCAUGACGAAUUCGCGUCACGCUAGAGUUGACGACGACGAUAACAUGACGGUGGACUUUGCACCAUCAGAAGUUGAGAGACGCAUGCAGCGGUCAGAUGCCCCUAGCGUGGACACCAGACUUGCGCCUGGCGCGUCAGUCAUUGGCGACAUGGAGGUCGACGGUGAAGACCAGGAUGAUGAAUGCAUGCUGAUGGAAGUGAAGACCAAGGCCGAAGUCGUGGAGCAGGACCUUCCUACACCCAGGAGCUUCGUCAACAUGGAUCGGUCUUUUAUCGGCCCCGGCCAAGCCCUCAAGGACUUUGGCCAAGAACUCAAGGAUAUCAACGAUGCCUUGGGCGAGCUUCAGGCGCGAGGAAUUCAGCACGUUGUCAGCCUGCCAGAGCUUGUCCUUGUCGGCGAUCAAUCCUCCGGAAAGUCGAGUUUGAUGUCGGCCAUUGCUGGCCUCAGUCUUCCAAGGAGCAGUGGGACUUGCACCAGAUGCCCUAUCCAUAUUCUCAUUUCUCGCGCCGAUGAGUGGUCUUGCCGAGUGUUUCUCAAGGAGGACUACGCAUUUGUGCCUCGCAACCACCCUAUCACCCUUCAAGAUGUUACCGACCGGGACAGGUUUCCUCCCUGGGUGAAGCUUGAUCCCAGUCGCCAGACUCGGAAGGAAUUCAAGACGGUUCGGGACCGCUUCGAUGCCGAGGAAAUUGAGACCCUUCUCCGCUGCGCACAGGUUGCCAUCCUCAACCCAUCCACACCUUACCGCUUUUUUGUUCCUCGUCUCAAGAACGAGAGUGGACAAUCUGACGCCGCUCGCCGCGAGCAUUUGGAUCGGAUCAAGGAGAAGGAGGCCCAUGGAGAGGCACAGUUUUCGCCCAACACAGUUGCCCUCGAGGUGAAGGGCCCAGACCUGGCUGACCUCAACUUUUACGACCUUCCCGGCGUCUUCAUCACUGCCAAGCGCCCUGAGGACAGGUUCCUGGAGCGGGUUGUUCGCAACCUUACGUGCGAAUACAUUUCCCGCCAAAAUGCCAUCAUCCUUUGGGCUGUGCCCAUGAAUCAGGAUACUGAGAACAGCUUCGCCUUCAAGCUGAUUCAAGAGAUGAACGCAGAGGAUCGCUGCGUUGGCGUCAUGACCAAGGCGGAUCUUCUGCCUAGGGAGAUGAACGGCUUCUCCUCUUGGCUCUCGAUGCUGAACGAGCAAGCUCAUCGCACAGGCUUGGGAUACUUCAUUACUUCUCGCCAAGGUAGUGACUUGGACGAGCAGAAUAAAUUCGAAGAGGCCUUCUUCAAUAGGACUGCGGACUCAGCGACUAUGGGCCAAUGGCCUGAGAUUUUCGAGAAGUACCGUGAUAGGUGUGGUAUCGAGAAGUUGAAGGAGUUCUUGUCUAUCACUCUUGGCCGGGAAUUUUCUAAGGUUCUCCCCGAGGUCAAGCAAAAGGUUUACAACCGCCUGCUUAGGAUUGAGGAGCAGCUCGAAAAGUUCCCCAACCCGCCGCCGAAUCCUGAGAUGGAAAUUAUGCGUAGUCUGGCGGAAUUCGCAACAAACGUCAAAACCCGCGUGCUCCAGCAAGAAUUCAUGAGUCAAUGGGAUUGCCUCUUUGCUGAACCCUUCAAGAAGCGGAUCCUUGGCAGCAAACCGAAAUUCAACGUCAAAGAGCCGGACGUGAUUACCAUUGACGACAACAGCCCGAUGGCCACUCCCGCUCCGUUGGGACAAACUCCCAGAAAGAGGUCUCUAGCUCAAGACAUCAACAUGACUCCUUCUAAGCGCCGUGGCCAAAUCAAGGCCGAGGAUAGCGACCGCAUGAUCAUGUCGCCGUCGACUUCUGCCACCAUGCGGGGUACACCAGGCCCUGGAAACUUCCCCUUCUCUCCCGGACCUGGCGGUGGACCCCCUCCUCGCUCCAAAAACCUGAUGGAGCUUCGCACCAUCAUUAGACGGAGCGCCAUACCCGGCCAGCCCGGGCUUGUGUCGGCCUCCGUCUACGAACCGCUUUACACCGAGGUGGCCAGAACCUGGGGUCCUCACCUCGAGAACUUUGUCAAUCAGACUAUUCAGUUCCUGCAGAACGAGGUCAUGAAAAUCCUGGAUAACGCCUUCUCCAACCUGAAGAACCGUGCCGUUUACCGCGAGUCCGUGGAACAUAUGAAGUCCUUCAUGGAGAAGCACAAGGAGGAAGUCCGCAACCAGCUCAACCUCAUCUACAACCUUGAGACCCAGCGAAUUUUCACGAAGGACGAAGAGGCCCUCCAGCGCAACAAGACAGCCGAGAAACGCAUCCUCGAGCGCCAUAGGCACUUCCUCCGGAUGGCCGCCCGAACCGGCGAAUCCCCAGCAAUCCGUAAGAUGGAGGAGCUGACGGAGGAGGAGCUGGCACAGGAACAGGCCAAAAUGGCCAAAGAGCUCAAGCUCAUCGGUCCGGACCCCUACGACCAAGAAAUUACCGUCGCCGCCUACGUGCGCGGCUACUAUUUGACGGCGGCCAGCCGGUUUAUCGACAUCGUUGCUAUCCACAUCAUGUCCGGCCUCCUGCCCCGCGUCGCCUCCGUAAUCGACACCUACCUGCACGAGAAAUUGGGCUUAUACAGCCGCACUUCUGGUACGGGACCGGAGAUCUUUAUGAGACUGAUAAGCGAGGGUCCUGAGACGGAAAGAAAGCGUAAAGAGCUUAAGGUGGAGAAGGAGAGGCUCGAUCAGGCGAUGGAGAUCAUUGUCAAUCUGGAGAAUAAGGAGCAGAUGGCUACGGCCACGGCGGCUAAUUCGCAGGCGACGCAGGUGGCCGCGAUGAUGAUGAGCCAGCAGGGUCAGAGACCGGAGUUGAGUAUUAGGACGAAUGCGAAUGGAGGGGUGGCGACGCCGGUUAGUGAGAGGGCGCCGACGCCUAUUGGGACUUAUGAGGCUUGAGAUGGAAGUCUGAAGUCUGUGGGAAUUGAUUUAUUUGAUGGAUGAACCGAUGGAAAAAGGGUGUUUGUAUGGAUUGAAAGGAUUUCAUCUUGUUGGAGUUUGGGGGGCGGAAUAUCCCUUGCUAUAUGCCUGUUGCUUUGUACGAGUUUUGCUUUGUGGUUUCAAGACCGGUGUGUUACAAAAGGGUCUAUAUCAAGAGACAAGAGAAAGAGAGGAAUGUGUGUCCAAGUGGGUAACCGUGGGUGUGUAGACUGUGGUUGAGGCAGUCUGU